AUGGAUGAAAUGAAGGAGCCUAAGCCGCAGUGCGGCGGUAAGAAGGGUGGAUCUAGCGAGUACGAUGUUGGGCUGCAUGUCGCUGGUCUCUUCUUGGUCUUGGCCUUUUCGAUCUUUGGCGCUGGAUUCCCCGUAGUAGCCAAGAAGGUUAAGUGGAUGAAGGUCCCGCCCAAGGUCUUCUUCGCAUGCAAGCAUUUUGGUACGGGUGUGCUGAUCGCAACGGCAUUCGUCCAUCUACUCCCAACUGCCUUUGGCAACUUGAUGAACCCUUGCCUUCCGGACCUGUUCACUGAACAGUACCCACCUCUUCCUGGCGCAAUCAUGAUGGCUUCCAUGUUCAUCCUGUUCGUAAUUGAGAUGUGGAUCAACACCAAGGUCGGCGGCCACUCCCACGGAGGCCCCACUGGCGAUGUGAUGCACGACCACGGGCACAGCCAUGGUCCCUCGUCGACGCCUUCCCGGCCUCCGCGCUACGGCCGCAACAGCUUUGAUGCUGAGGCGAAUAGCAUCGACUUCGAGAAAACUAUGGCGCAGCGCGCCUAUGAUGAAAAGUCCGGCUUUCCCAUGUACCCGGAGAGCAACAACGGCGCACCAGCCGCAUCCAGCCUGGCCAACUCUGAUAUGCCACCGUGGUUUGUCGUCUUCUACGAGCAAUAUGUGCGCCAGCGCAUGGAAAUGAUGAACAUGAUUCGAUCCUCGGAGGAGAAGCAGGGUUCUCAGGUUGUCGUGGCGGAAGUUAAGCAGGAAGAUCCAUUUUAUGAUGCCGAGGGCCAGGUCGUUGAUCCCGCUGUGUAUCGCAAGAUGUCUCUCAACAUUACCAUGCUUGAGGGCGGUAUUCUGUUCCAUUCCGUGUUUGUCGGCAUGACCAUCUCCAUUACCAUUGACGGCUUCAUUAUUCUGCUCAUCGCCAUCCUCUUCCACCAAAUGUUCGAGGGUCUUGGUCUUGGCUCUCGUAUUGCCGCCGUUCCGUAUCCCAAGGGUAGCAUCCGCCCUUGGGUUCUCGUCGUCGCUUUCGGUACCACAGCACCCAUUGGACAGGCUAUUGGUCUUGCAACCCGGAACACAUACGACCCUGACAGUGCCUUUGGUCUCAUAAUUGUUGGUGUCUUCAAUGCCAUUUCUUCCGGUCUUUUGCUCUACGCCGCUCUGGUCGACCUCUUGGCCGAGGACUUCCUCUCUGAAGAAGCCAACCGUCUUCUCAGCAAGAAGGACAAGAUAACGGCCUUCUGCUAUGUCCUUGCUGGAGCUGCGGGCAUGUCCAUCGUUGGCAUUUUUGCCUAA